AUGCCACAUAUCAGUGCCCAUCUGUGCUGCCUUUCAGUGUCACCCAUCAGUGCCACCUAUCAAUGCCAGUCAGUGCCACCUAUCAAUGCCAGUCAGUGCCACCUAUCAGUGCUGCCAAUCAGUGCCACCUAUCAGUGCCGGUCAGUGCCGCCUAUCAGUGUGCAUCAGUGCCCGUCAGUGCUGUCUAUCAGUGCGGCCUAACAGUGCCAGUCAGUGCCGCCUAACAGUGCCAUAUAUGAGUGCUGCCUUUCAGUGCCCAUCACAGUGCCCAUCAGUGCCACCUAUCAGUGCAGCCUAUCAGUGCCCAUCACUGCAGCCUCAUAAUGCACAUCAG